AUGCUAGACCUUCAAAAUUUGACGAUUAUCAGCAUAGUUAUGAUGAUUAUGCUCGUAUUAUAUACUCUGAUCCGUAGCCCAAGCAAUGAGCCUCCCUCGAUUUCGAGCAGGAUUCCAUUUGUGGGCCAUCUGAUAGGCCUCAUUCAAUAUGGCCCAGAUAUCUCGAUCUACUCUUCAUACAACCUGGACUCACGCAAAAUACCCGGUAGCGAGAAACACCACCAGCACUCGAUCUUCGCAGUCAACAUAUUUUCCUUGAAGGUUUUUGUGACCUCCUCGCCUGCCAUAAUGAGGGCUGCUCAGAAGCGCCCGACCGUAAUUACACUGGAACCUUUGUUAAGCCUAAUACAAAAGCGUUUAUGUCAAACUCCCCGCCAUAAGCUGUCCAGUUUGUGCGAUCAGGGGGAUGGUCCGAGCCUGAUUUCCAAAAUCGUGCACGAUAAAACCCACGCUCUUGCUGGAAGACAUCUUGACAGAAUGAACGAGAUAAUGCUUCAGCGGCUACUGCCAAUGAUUGAUGACAUGGCCAAUGGUGAGACGGUUGAUUUGAGCAAAUGGCUUCGACAAGUCAUUACCCUCAUCAGUACGGAUUCUAUAUACGGCAGGUUGAACCCAUUCAAAAAUCCACAGAUUGAAAACACAUUCUGGGAAUUCGAACGGAAUGUGGUACUACUCCUGGUCAACAUUAUGCCACGGUUCAUUGCACCCAAGGCUUGGAGAGCACGGAGAGCUCUGUGCGCAGCGUUCAAAAAAUAUUUCGACCUCGGGGGUCAUGAAGACGGAUCAGAAUUGCUAGCCAUGCGAUAUAGAUCUUUCGUCAGGGCUGGGCUUACGCACGGAGAGAUAGCAUAUUCGGAAAUGCCCCUACUUUUGGGAUUACUGGCAAAUACUGUACCUGCUGCAUUUUGGGCUCACUUUGAUAUUUUCUCCCGACCACAGCUGCUUGAAGAUAUACGCGAAGAGCUAGAGAAGAAUGCCCUCAAAAUUGCGCCUGAUGGCACGCAUGUUAUUGAUCUGGGGCUGCUUCGUGAUAAUUGCCCACUUCUUCUAUCCACGUACCAAGAAGUCCUACGGAAGAGAACAACAAUGGUGACGAUCCGGUUUGUCACACAGGAUGUCGUUCUGGCGGAUAAAUACUUCCUCGGAUCCGGAACCAUGCUCUUAAUGCCGGCUAGGCAAUUAGGCCGAGACCAAAACGCUUGGGGAGCUUCGGCCGAUGAUUUCGACGAGCGAAGAUUCAUGAAUUCUGCUAUAACACCCGAAAAUCAGAGCGAUAAGAAAAUUUAUCCCCGGCGUACUGGUGGGUUCAUGACAUUUGGUGUCUCUCCAGCCAUCUGCCCCGGUCGCCACUUUUCAACUAGUGAGAUAUUGGCGCUGGUAGCCAUUAUUGCUUUGAGAUAUGACAUGACUCCAGUCAACCAUCUCUGGAAUGAACCACCAAGAAGGAAUUCAGCGACCACAUCCAACAUGUGUCCAGUUGAGGGUCCAUUCUCUGUGACUGUGAAAAAGAGACAAAAGUACAAAGAGCAGACGUGGCGGUUUAAGAUUACCGAGGGAAAAGGGCAGUUUGGGUUAGCUGUGGGUUAG